UCAAAUAGGGUAGAAGUACUUACCCGGUGUACUUCCAAUACGAAAGUUGCUCGUUGUUAUGAAGCAAUGGACUAUUCUAAGCGUAUGGUGUUUCUCGUAUUGUGUGCUCAAUGCGUAGCAGUAAAUAUACAAAGGAUAGAAGUUCCACCGCUUGUAGAAGUAGGCACCGAUGCUGUAAUACUAGACUGUCAGUACAAGACCUACAACGCUUCGCCGCCAGGAUUGGUCAUGAAAUGGUUCUUCAACGGCUCUUCCGGUCUUGUUUACCAAUGGAUACCGCCUUUAAGACCGCAAGUUAUAGGUCUACUUAAGGGCAAAGUGGAUUUGGACUUCAGGAUUUCUGAGGAGCCCUUGCAAGCUUAUCGUGCUAUCAAGAUAUUAAACCCAACCACAGAUCUUAGCGGAAACUACACUUGCGUAGUAUCUUCAUUCAUAGAAGAGGAUCGAGAGACGAGAUCCAUGCUUGUGUACAGUCCUGGUAAAAACUUUCAUUUUGUCCAAGAGAAAAAGUAUGUGUUUUUGGUGACACUCAUUUGUGCUGCGGAAGAUUUGUACCCAAGACCUGAAAUAUGCAUAAUCGCUCAAGGAAAUCCCUUAAAGCAAGCCGUGUCCGAAAUGAAAAUGAACUCUUGGGGAUUAUACGCGGUGACCAUAAAGGCCGUUGUGCACGACGAUGACGUCACAGCUCCAUAUGAAAAGUUCACGUGCACUUUGAGUUUACCACCUGCGAACUACACGUCGAAUCGCACGACUGUAUACUAUCCUGGGUUAAUGCCCACUGCAUACAUCGCUGCUUACGAAUUGGAAAAAACACAAGAAAUGCAUGCCAAUGGAAACCUUCCUCCAUCAAGAAACCUAAUAGUCCAGCUUCUGUCCGCGUUCAUAUCAACGAGAUUUAUUGUAUAAAUAAAUAUUUUAGUUUACCCCAUUUAGGUGAUAAUAUUUUUAUAUUUGUCUUUGUGUCACAUAGACUGUGUGCAGUUUUGUAGCUUUUGAUAAAUUAAAUUUGCAAUUUAAUUAUACAAAACUCACAAAAAUU